AGACGACAGAUACCCACUAUGACAUCGUAGUGCUUGAUAUGAGACCAGAUGAUAAGCUUGGCAAGGGCACUCCGCUGCUUGACGACAAUGUGUGGUUACGUCUGCCAUCGCGCUAAACCAUGGAGAGAUCGAUGGGGGUACGGUUACCCCAUGGCACUUCGACCCGCCGAAUGCUGGAGAGGAAAGUGAGCACUAUCAUAGUGCGCCGAGUCCCCGCAUAUCAACUAUCAUUGGUUCAUCGCCCUUAAGAAGCUCUUCUUACUGGCUGAGGGUCGUGUGUGGGUAUCUAUACCUGUGGCAAGUUGAACAGAUAUCAACGAAUACCUCAGUGGCUGGGUAUAUAAUACGUUGCACCAUGCCUCGCAAUCUCCAACACCUACCUCUUUCGCAGAGCCGGAGGGGUAUCUCCUUGGCACUCAAUUCAAUAUCAUCGAGCAAUCACAAUGCCUCCUCAAAAGCUCGACAUCGAGGCCACUGAGCCAACCAUAUCUUCCCCAGGAAACAGCAGCAAGUCCGAUCUUGGGUUUACAGAUCACAUAGACGAUGCCAGUCGCCGGCCCUCUCAAGCACAGCAGCCAUCCGUGGCCACCAAACUUCGCAAUCCUCUCGCUGGUCUGAGCGAGCAGGCAGUCAUUGCCGAUGUGGAUACCUGGUGUGUUGAGAAAGGACUGCAAGAGUAUCAAGACGUGUUCCGCAAAGGCGCGUUGAUAGCUCGUGUGGGCCAACGUGACGAUGGAUUCGAGUAUGUUGGUCAGCUGAGCGCCGAGGAGAAGGAUCUCUUGCGACAUGAAGUGACGCAUCGUUGGUCGCAACCGAAGAUGUUGUACUUUUUGGUUGUUCUCUGUGCUGGGUCGGCCAUCGUACAGGGCAUGGAUCAGACGGCCGUGAACGGUGCUCAACUUUACUACUUUGAGGAGUUCGGUAUUGGGGAGGAACAGGUGUGGCUUCGUGGAUUACUAAAUGGAGCGCCAUAUCUCUGCUCUUGUCUCAUCGGAUGCUGGUCUAAUGCACCACUUAACAGGUAUUUUGGUCGUCGAGGGACUAUCUUCAUCUCUUGCAUCAUUUCCUUCGUCACUGGAAUCUGGAUGGCUUGCGCAAACAACUGGCCUAAUCUUCUCUGUGCUCGAUUCGCUCUAGGAUUCGCCGUCGGUGCCAAAUCAUCCACCACACCAGUCUACGCAGCCGAGUCCGCAGCUAAGACAAUUCGCGGUGCCCUUACUAUGAUGUGGCAAAUGUGGACAGCAUUUGGAAUCAUGCUGGGAUUCAUCGUCUCCGUUGCCUUUGAAAACGUAACCAUCCUCGGUAGACUGUCUCCCUGGCGAUGGAUGCUUGCUUCUACAAGUAUCCCACCGCUCAUCGUUUGUGUGCAGGUGUACUUUUGCCCUGAAUCACCACGAUGGUAUAUGGAGAAAGGAAAGUUCGACAAGGCCUUCAACGCUCUGUGUCGUCUUCGCAAGCACAAGAUCCAGGCUGCCCGCGAUAUGUACUAUGCGUACAAACUUCUUGAAAUCGAGCAGGCCGAACGCCAAGGCAAAAGCCUAUGGAAGGAGUUCUUCUUCGUCCGUCGUAACCGCCGCGCUGCACAGAGCUCCUUCUUUGUUAUGACUUUACAACAGUACUGUGGUGUAAAUGUAAUUGCGUACUACUCGUCGUCUAUCUUCGAACAGGCUGGGUUCUCCCGUUCUGAGGCCCUGCUUACGUCCAUGGGCACUGGUGUGACAAACUUUCUCUUCGCUAUCCCUGCUGUUUACACAAUUGAUACCUUCGGCCGUCGAAACCUGCUCCUCACCACGUUCCCACUUAUGGGUCUUUGUCUCAUCUGGUGCGGCAUGUCAUUCUUCAUGCCGGAGCUUGAUUCCAAUGGCCAGCCUUCCCAGGCACGUCUGGGAAGUAUUGCCGCUGCAAUUUACACCUUCAUGGCUGUAUAUUCCCCCGGCGAAGGCCCCGUCCCAUUCACGUACUCCGCCGAGGCCUUCCCACUACACCUACGCGACAUUGGCAUGUCAUUUGCCACAGCCACAUGCUGGGGCUUCAACUUCAUCCUCUCGCUGACCUGGCCUGCGCUCGUGGACGCCUUCACGCCACAAGGCGCGUUCGGGUGGUACGCGGCGUGGAAUUUCUUCGGCUGGAUAUACUGCUACUUCCUCCUUCCUGAGACCAAGGCCCUAACGCUUGAAGAGCUCGACACCGUGUUCGAUGUCGGGAAUCGCGAGUUUUCCGCUUACUACCGCAAGAAGCUGCCGUGGUAUUUCAAGAAGAACAUCCUGAGGCAGAAUGUUGAGCCUAUGCCCCCACUCUAUGAACUCUUCGAUAAUGGACCAGAGCCGCAGCAUACUGGCCAGUCUUUCGAUGGGGAAAAGGUGACGGAGGAUGUGCAUGUGGAGAAGAAUCUAACAGCACGGGUCUAGACGACGCGAUGGAACUUAAAGUGUUGGAAAAACGUUGCAAAUAAAGGGGGAAGGAGAGGGAAGGCUUGAAUAGAGUAUGUGCAAAUCGACUCGAAGCUAUAUACCCAUUCGACUGUACUUUGUCACACUCGCAAGAUGUCGGAGCCUUGUAUUGAAUCCACAAUUAGAGUCUAUUGCAGGUGUUACUCAGGCUCACAACGAACGAAUACAUG